AUGCUUGGUAAUCAAAAAAGAAGUACAUUCUUACAUAAAAUUAUUUUUUUGGCAGUUACAAACUUUUUAUUUUAUCCUGUUAAUGGAGUUUCUUCCUCUGUACUUUCAAUUCACCCAACUAGGGAUGUGUUUAUUGUACAUUCAUUUGAAAGAAAUAUAAAAACUCUAGAAAAUGACACUAAUAUUGGAGAGGAAAAAGAAAUAUUUAUGUUAAAUGGUUGCCCAUACUCAUUAGAACAAAUUGUUAGCUCAAGUAUUGGAUCAAAAAGUUACUCUUCUCUUUUACCAUCCUUACACUCUAAUCUUCAUUGUGGAGUGGGGUUAAGAGUUGUUGAUAAAAAAGUUAAUAUUGAUAAACCAUAUGUAGAUAUUAUAGUACAUGGAUAUAUGGAAUGGUUACAAUUUUUUAAAACAACAUUAUGUAUAACUUUUGAAUUAGUUAAUGAUCGUGGAUAUAAAAUAACAGAAGAAUGUUUAAUAUCAAUGAAUGGUAAUCAAACAUGUCUUAUGAGAUUAAAUAUUCCAUUAUUAUGGUUUCCAACUCCUGAUACUAUACAAAUUGAUGAAAAAAUGUCUAGAAAAAAUUUACAAAAUUAUCAAAAAUUAAGAGGAAGUUAUUCAAUAUCAUCAUUACAUUGUUAUCCACCUAAUCGACAAAUUCCAGAAAAAGAUGAUGUAUUAUUAAAGACACAAAUGAUUAAUUUAAAAAAUACAAUAUUAGAUGAAAGGUAUAAUUGGAGUAUAUCAUUAAAAAGCCAUCAAAAUAUAUCAAUUGAAAAUAAUUCUUUAUCAACAUUUUUUAUUCAUUUUAAUUAUCAAAAGUAUAGUAAUGAAAGUGGUGAAAUAGAUAAAUUACUACAAAAUGGUACAUUAUAUUUAAAAAUAAAAAUUAAAUUGCCACAAAUUUUUAAUCUAUAUAAAGCAUCAACACUAUCUCCUGAUGUUUGGGAUAUGAGAAUUGAAAAAGAUAAUAAUCUACAUAAUAAAAUUACAUUUAUACUAUGGUUAAAUAAUUAUGAAGCAAUAAAAAAUGGUUGGGAAGGAACAUUAUUUGGUAUGAUUAUUCAAAGUAAUGACCAUAAUAAAAAUAAUGUUGAAACAAUUUUUGAUAAAAAUAUUGAUGAUAAAAAUAAUAAAAGUAUUUUAUUACAAUGGUCAAUUCAGGGUACUGUUAUAGGAAAUGAUAUUGUUAAUGAAACUAAAAUUAGUGAUAUAUUAAAUAAUUCUAAAAAAAGACAAGUUAAUACAUCUUUACUGGUAUAUGGUGAUGAAAUAGAAAAAUUAGGAAUCAUAAGUAAACAUAAUCAAAUUAUUAAUAUAGCUAUUUUAUCAAAUUCACAAAUAUCAUCAUCAUUGAAAAUAUUUGGUAUUUAUAAUUCAGGAAAUUUUUAUGAAAUAUCUUCUAAUGUACAUUGUACAUCAUCAGAACCAAAAAUACUAAAAACAUCACCAUCAUGUGCUAUGAUAUAUGUUGAUGGUAGUGAAUCUCGUGGUUCAAGUGAUAUAAUAAUAACAGCAAAAUAUUAUGAUAUUUCUAAUAAAAUUAAUUUUAUUGUAUGGUAUCCAAAAUUUCCUUUAAAAAUAUGGAUAGAAGAUGAUAUUUUAAAUUCAAUUCAAGAUUGGUCUGUAGCUGUAUGGAAAUGGUUAAGUAGAAGAAAAAAAAGAAAAAGAAGAGAAGCCAAGACAUUUGCAUGUAGAGAAAGAUUUCAACAAACUGAGGUUAAAGUUUUAUCAAAUUUUUAUUAUACAAAUCAAAAGACUGGUGAAGAAAUAUAUUUAUCACAAAAUAGGGAAAAAUAUUUUGAUAUAACACCAUUAGUAAUAAAUAAAUUAACUAUUGAAAAUGAAAGUAUUGCUGAUAUAAGGAGAAUACAUGAUAAAUUAAAUAUAUUACCAAAAAAAUCUGGUGUUUCAAAAGUUAUAUUUAAAAAAUCUCAUAUACCAAUAGAAUUAGCUUCAACAACAAUAACAAUAUCAAAUGAACCAGUAUCAAUAAAUAAUUUAUGGUUAGAACCAGUAGUAAAUAUUGUUCAUUACAUAGAGACAACAAAUAAUGAGCAAUAUUUUCAUUUACAUAAAAUUGUAAAAAAUGAAUUUAAUUCACGAUAUGAAAGAGGAAUUCUUAAUAUAGGAUUAAAAUUUUCUGAUACACAUUAUUUACCAUUAGCAGAUGUACCAAGUCACGAAUAUAUAAUGAAUAUUCAAUCAAAUGAUGGUGAAAGAAUACUAGCCAUAAAUAAAAAAUAUAAUCAUGGUGUUCCGGAAUUAAUUGCAUUAUCAGAUAUAAGUGAUGUUCAAUUAACUAUAACUGUAAAAUCACAGGAAACGUGUAAAGGAAUUGAUUCACCACCAUUAAUUAACGGGCAACUUGUUAUACCAAUAUUUUUCCCAAUAGAAGAUAGUAAACGUAUUGAAGUUAAUAUUAUUAAUGAAGAUGAUGAUGAAGAUAAAAGAAUUAAACAAGUUGAAGAAUUAUUUAAAAAAGUUGAAUCUAUUGAGGAUGAUAAAAAAAAUAACUUUCUUCUUAGUGUUCAUCCAUUUAUUUUAUUUAUUUUUCUUCUCUUAUCAAUAAUAUUAAUAAUACAAAUAAUUAAUUGUAGUGGAGAUAAACUUCAUAAUGGAUAUGAAAAAUUGGUAGCACCAAUAUUUGCUAGAUUAAACUCUAGUUCAUCAUUAUCUGAUAUUCAGAAGACAGAAGAUAGUUCAAAAGAAUGGAUUUGGUUACCUAGAAACUCAAUACAAAAACCAUCAAAAAAUUUUAGUUUUGGAAGUCAAUAUUCAAAUAAAUCAACAAUUGGUUUAGGUGAAAAAUUUUCUUCUGGUUCCUCUCCUGAUGACAAUUUAAAUAGAUCAAUUUCUGUUUCAUAUAGAGGAUCAGAGAUAAGUGUAUUUUUAUCUCCUAAUGCUUCAAUGGCUGUACCUGAAAAAAAUUCACAAUCUAAUAAUUAUUUUCAGUAUGCUUCAUGGAGGACAGGAAGAAAAAAUGGCAAAAAUAGAGGUUAUUAUUGUAAUAUGGAAUCAAGUAAUUCAGAAACGAAUUUAAAAAAAUGGAAUACUGAUCACCGUCUUACACAUCCAAUAAUUCCUGCACAUGGUAUUUCAAAUUAUGAAUAUACUCAACCAUCUGAAAAAAUUAUAGCCGGUUGGAAAGAGUAUAGAAAUAAUAGUAACGGAAAAAAUAAAUUAGUCCAUCUUCCACAAUGUUCAUUUGAGGAAGCUUCUAGAGCCUCUCCAACAUAUGAUAGUGAUGAGGAGUUACUUCUGGAUAGACCAAUGAAAACUGGUGAUCUUAUAAAUAGAUAUUUUUUGGAAAAUGGUUCAAUGACAAGAUCUUUAAAAAAUGAUAGUAUAUCUUUAAGUAGUCAAAGAACCUUGGGACAACAACAAAAACCUAUUGAUAAGAGAUCUCUAUAUUUGAAAGAAUCUGUAGCAUAA